GUAUUUGUUUCCCACCACGCUUCCCAGCCACUUGAACACAAAAAGAGAUUUGCACCCGUCAUUUUCCAUAUUCAACUUUGGAAUCAGCCUGCUCAUGGCGUGGCCUCAAAUCAUAUAUAUAUAUAUAUAUAUAUAAAUAAAAUAGAAUAGAAUAGCACAGCACACGAUCGAUUACUCUGAAAGGUGAAACCCAGGAGCAAAGAAAGAGAGGCAAAACAUGGGCGUAGAAGGCACUCUGGAAUACCUGUCUAAUUUACUCAGCAGUAGCAAGAAGAAGAAGAAGAAGAAGCCAAUGCAAACCGUAGCUCUGAAAAUCAGAAUGGACUGUGAAGGGUGCGCGCGCAAGGUCGAGAACGUUCUCUCCGGCGUUAAAGGAGCGAAGUCGGUGGACGUGGACUUGAAGCAACAAAAAGCGACAGUGACGGGAUAUGUUGAGGCGAAGAAAGUGCUGAAGGCAGCACAGAGCACAAAGAAGAAGGUGGAGCUGUGGCCUUACGUGCCCUAUACCACGGUGGCUAACCCGUAUGUGGCUCAGGCCUACGACAAGAAGGCCCCUCCUAAUAUGGUUAGGCGCGUCCCUGACACCGCGACCAUUUCCGAGACUACCGUCGAUGAUCGUUAUGUCCAGAUCUUCAGCGAUGAAAAUCCAAAUGCUUGCUCUGUCAUGUAGCUCUUAUAUAUAUGCCACGUACGUGUGCGUGUCUUUUUCUAAUAAAUGAAUUGAAACUUGUAAGUUAGGUUUGGAAUGGACGGUGGCAGGGAAUUUUGAAGGCAUGGUGAGUUUAGGCAUCUAAAGAAUUCCUUCAAACAACCCAGAAGACUUUUUCAUUAAUUAAUUAGUUUCCCCGUUCUGUUUUGUAUAUCCCGGAUGCUCGCUCCUCUUUUAAUUUUGAAAUGAAGUCCGGCCAAGUUCAGCCAUGA